CUAGUUUAGCUAACACAGUUCUAUUGGUAGUGAACAGACUGAACCGCUCAUCUUUGUAGCAUGAAUCAUGGAGCAUAACUCAAGAAAAGAAAUGAGGAUAAUAUUUAGUUUGGUAAGAUUUAGAUGGGAGAAAGAGGAGAGAAACGGCUCGUUUUCUACCCCACCCACAUCAUCAUGGCUUUGGGAUUUAUCACUAAUCAUAAUAUAAAAUUAGACAGUUGACUAUGAAAUGAGGAAACACAGUAUUAUAUCCUAGUUUCAAAUGCUGUACGCACAGCUAGUUUAUGACAUGAAUGUUAAGCUAUAUCAGAUGUUGAGAAAUUGUUUUGAAGUUUUCAUUUAAUUAUCCAAAAUUGAAGUCAGGCACAGUGUGGUGAAAAAACAAAAACACAUUUGCUCAUGACACCACUUCACUUGAGGUGGGGAGUCAGCGGGUGUAGUCCUCGGUCCCGCCACACUUAUUUAAAGAGCUGUUACACUUUAGUGUCAGAUCCCAGUUUAUAAAACCUAUCAGCCUUAUAAAUCAGUUGUGAAUGAACUUUAAAAGGUUUCUUUGAAAGUUUUCUUGUAUAGAAGCCAGCAGGGAAGUCCAGUCCUGAAUGUCAUCUGAAAUCAGGAAACAAGUGGGAAGGAAAUUCUACUUACCAUACAGGAACUGCUAAACAAAGAUAGGAACAGUAAUUGGAAAAAAAAAAUAAAAAAGCAGAGGUGUUUUACAGAUUGACUUUAGUGUCCUGUAACACAACAGUUCCCACCACUCUGCUGCAGUCAUCCUGCCUAUGCCAACUACUGCAAAUGCUCUGCCAUCAUCUCAUUGAGCUUGUGAUGAUUUUCUCUGACCUGCAUCAAAUCAUCAUUUCAGUUGAGCACAUGCUUUGAGAGCGAAAAGCAAUGAUUAAAAUAACAACCAAAACUGUCAGGGAGCAGAAGCUGGGUUGAGAGAAGCGAGAGAGACGUUCUACAUCUGGGUAGCAUCACUGAGAUUCCUCAGUGUUGGGUAUUAGAUUAUUCUGGCAGAGCAAAGAGAGCAGAGGCGUGGAGACAGAGUGAGGAGAACGCAGAGGGAGAGGACGGACAAUAAGGUGAGGAGAGAACGGUUCUGACUCACAAAUGAUGUGGCCUUGACUGCGCUUGGCGUAAUGUGCUAAACACAACAUUCUAAAUGAAGUGCUGUUGUGCUCUGAACACGCUCAGGAAAACCAGUGGAAACCAUUAACAGCAGACUCGAGUCCCAUUCAGAUGUGACAGUGGAAGUGGGCCAUGCGCUGGGGGAAGCAGCCAUGCGAAUCUGUCUCAGCUUGUGGGAGAAAAGGGAGGGAGCAAACUAAAUAGGGAGGGAAGGAAAGAAAGAAUGUCCUGAGAGCUCAUCAUGUGCUUUCUGUUUUUUUCUCCUCCUUUUUUAUAGCUGCAUGGUGAUUACAUGUUAGUAGGCUGGGGCGCUUAGUCAACUUUUCCAAAGCCUCUCUCUGCCCUCCGUUCCUCUGGCUCUCUUUCUUCUAUUAUCCUGCAGCAUACUUUCCCUGGGCUCUUUUUCCUUUUUUCUCCUUUCUACUCCACUCGUGACGUGUGCCCCGGAGUUCCUGCCCUUGUUUCACACAGUAGAGUUCGGAGGCAAAGAGAGGAGCUCAUGUAGACGCGGAUAUCCACUGGGACCUGUGAAGGGGAAGAUGGAUUGAAGGCGAGGUGGAUGAGAAGCCAGAGAUAAGGAGUCGGACCCAGGAGGAGGCGCGCCAGCAGCACGGGGGGGAACCCGCGGUUCAGCCUACUUCCAGGAACAGCGGGACAGGAUGAGGUACCAGGCCAGGGAGGUGGAUGUGGAGGGAAGAGUACGUUUAGUGAUGGAGAGUGCCCUGACCGCCCGGGACCGGGUCGGGGUGCAGGACUUUGUCUUGCUGGAGAAUUACAACAGUGAGGCAGCCUUCAUAGAGAACCUACGGAGGCGCUUCAGAGAAAACCUCAUCUAUACUUACAUUGGAUCAGUGUUGGUGUCAGUGAACCCAUACAAGGAGCUGGAGAUUUACUCCAAGCAGCAGAUGGAGCGGUACCGAGGGGUCAGCUUCUACGAGAUAUCACCACACAUCUAUGCCGUGUCAGACAACACCUACCGGGCCAUGCGGACUGAGAGGAAGGACCAGUGUAUUCUCAUAUCAGGUGAGAGCGGAGCAGGUAAAACAGAAGCUUCCAAGAAGAUCCUGCUCUACUACGCAGUCACCUGCCCCACUAAUGAUCACAUGGCUGCCCUUGGUGACCGCCUGCUGCAGUCUAACCCUGUUCUGGAGGCAUUCGGCAACGCCAAAACGCUGAGGAACGACAACUCCAGCCGCUUUGGGAAAUACAUGGAUGUUCAAUUUGACUUCAGAGGGGUACCAGUAGGCGGUCACAUCCUGAACUACCUGCUGGAGAAAUCCCGAGUAGUUCACCAGAACCACGGUGAGCGGAACUUUCACAUCUUCUACCAGCUGCUGGAUGGAGGUGAUGACGACCUGCUUAGCACACUGGACCUGGACAGAAGCCCUCACAGCUACAGCUAUCUGGUCAAGGGUAACUGUCCCAGAGUGAGCUCCAUUAAUGACAAGAACAACUGGAAAGCUGUGAUGAAGGCCCUGCCUGUUAUUGGCUUCACUGAGGCAGACGUGGAGAAAUUGCUGAAUAUCAUUGCCAGUGUUCUCCAUUUGGGGAACACACAGUUUGGGGAAGGAGAGGAAGGAGAAACUUAUAUCACUACUGAGACUCAGAUAACGAAUGUCGCAAAGCUGCUGGCUGUGGAUGGCUCAGCCCUCAGAGAGGCACUCACUCACAAGAAGCUCACUGCCAAAGGAGAGGAGAUGAUCAGCCCACUGAGUUUUGAGCAGGCCAUGUCUGCACGCGAUGCCUUAGCCAAGGCUGUGUACGGUCGAACCUUCACAUGGCUGGUGGAGAAGAUCAACCAGUCGCUGGCCAUGAAGGAUGAAAUCUACCACAGUAACAAGGGCUCCUCAGUGAUCGGGCUUCUAGAUAUUUAUGGCUUUGAGGUCCUACAGCGCAACAGUUUUGAGCAGUUCUGUAUCAACUACUGCAACGAGAAACUCCAGCAGCUUUUCAUUGAGCUCACCCUCAGAUCUGAGCAGGAAGAGUAUGAGACAGAAGGAAUUGCAUGGGAGACAGUGCAGUACUUUGACAACAAGAUAAUUUGUGACCUGAUAGAGGAGAAGCACAAAGGCAUCAUAUCCAUUCUGGAUGAGGAGUGUCUGAGACCUGGAGAAACCUGUGAUGUCUCCUUCCUAGAGAAACUGGAGGACACUCUUGGCGCCCAUCCCCACUUUGUCACUCACAAGCUGGCAAAUGGAAAAACUCGCAGGGUCAUGAGUAGAGAGGAGUUCAGGCUGUUGCAUUAUGCUGGAGAGGUCAACUACAAUGUCCAGGGUUUCCUAGACAAGAACAAUGACUCACUGAGCCGAAACCUGAAAGAGGUCAUGUGCCAGUCAGAGAACCAGAUUCUCAGUCACUGCUUCCGCAGAGAGGAAGUGAUAGACCAGAAACGUCCAGAGAUGGCUGCCAGUCAGUUUAAAAACAGCCUCAUGAAACUAAUGGAAAUCCUCAUGUCGAAAGAACCAUCCUAUGUGCGCUGUAUCAAACCCAACGAUGCCAAGCAGCCAGGAAAGUUUGAUGAAGUUCUGGUCAGGCACCAGGUGAAGUACCUCGGCCUGAUGGAGAACCUGAGGGUCAGGAGAGCUGGCUUUGCCUACCGGCGUCGCUUUGAAGCCUUCCUGCAGAGGUACAAGCCGCUGUGCCCUGAGACGUGGCCUAACUGGCACGGUAGACUGGCGGAUGGUGUUUCCACACUGGUCAGUCACCUGGGCUACAAACCAGAAGAGUACAAGCUGGGACGGUCGAAAAUCUUCAUUCGUUUCCCCAAAACCCUCUUCACCACUGAGGACGCACUUGAAGCCAAGAAGCCUGAUAUAGCGUUGACCCUGCAGACAUCAUGGAGAGGCUACAGGGAGAGAGCCAAGUACAAACGCAUCAGACACGCAGUGAUUGUGAUCCAGUCCGGGUGGCGGGGGAUGAAAGCACGCAGGAGGGCUAAGCGGCGACGGCAGGCUGCUGAGCUAAUACGCAGGUUCAUUAAAGGCUUCAUCUAUCGCCAUGAGGAAUACUGCCCUGAGAACGAGUACUUCCUGGAUCACGUGCGCUACUCCUUCCUCAAGAACCUUCGGAAAAGCCUGCCCCAGAAUGUUCUGGAAAAAAGCUGGCCAACACCUCCGCCCUCCCUCGUUGAAGCCUCUGAGCACCUGCGAGAUCUGCAUAUGAGAAACAUGGUCAUUAAGUACUGUAGGAGGGUCCAGCCUGAAUGGAAGAAGCAGAUGAUGCAGAAGGUUGUAGCCAGCGAGAUUUUCAAGGACCAGAAGGACAGCUACCCUCAGAGUGUCGGCAGGCUGUUUUUGGACUCGAGGCUCGAACGUGAGCAAAUCAGCCUGAAAGUCACCCAGACCCUUGGCAAUGACAAAGUGCAGUAUGGGGUUCCGGUCACCAAGUACGACAGAAGGGGGUUCAAGCCUCGCCCUCGCCAGCUGCUCCUCACUAACACCUUUGCUGUGCUGGUGGACAGGACUAAGAUCAAGCAGCGAAUGGACUACGCAGCUCUGAGAGGUAUCUCUGUGGGCUCCCUCAGUGAUGGGAUGUUUGUCCUGCACAUGCCCAAUGAGGACAACAAGCAGAAGGGUGAUGUUGUUCUGCACUGCAGCCAUGUGAUAGAGCUGGUGACUAAACUCGCCAUGAUGGCCAACAAGACCAGCUAUGUCAACAUCAGUCCGGGAAGCAUUAGGUUCACUGUGGCGCGAGGGAAGGAAGGAAUCAUCGACUUUGUGAGGGGCACAGAGUUGAAGGUGGCUAAAGGCAAGAGAGGACAUCUGCUCGUGACGGCCCCACAGCUCAACCCCACAUGAAGGAACUGAACUCAAAGCAGGCAAUCCUUUCAGUUCCUUCAGCGCGGCGGAGGGCUGCUGCCUGUUAUUAUGCUAGUUUGCCGUUACACAAUGAAACCACAAGCUUACACAACAUACAACUGAAGGAAGACCCCAUGUACGUCACCAUUAUUAGAAGAAUGUCUUCAGUGUUGCAACCGUUCUGAUUCUUUUUUUUAAAGAUUUGAAUAUCAUAACACAGCCAUCACAGUUUUCAAUGUUUCACAUCUUUAUUGUCAGUCAUAUCUGUGUAUCUAUUAAACAUAGAACAUCUUAUGUAAACUCUGAACCUCUGUAUUCUAAAAAAUAUUAAAAAAAACACUCUUAAAUAAA